UUAGACCAACCAAAACCUCCGUUACUGACAUCCAACCCUAGGUAGCGUAAAAGUUAUCGCCACGUAACCACCGGUAACGAUUCCGUUUACUCCUUCUCCUUAAAAUGGGCCCCACCGUAACCGAUUUCAGGAAUGCCGCCGAUUGACGCUGACGGUUGCUCCGCCGCAUAUUUUCUCAAUUUUCUCAAUUCAGAUCCAGUUUUCACGCGUUCAACGGUGGCGCGUUCACACCAAUCUCCCUCUGCUCUCAACGUUUCUCCGAUUAUAGUUUCAAGAACAUAUAAAUCUACAAUAGCAGCAGCAGCUAAUAUAAAUAAUCUGUAGGUGAAGAUGCCUGAAAUGGAACACGAUCCCGAUAUUGUUAGGUGGGGUCUACAUCAUCUUAUGGAAGUUUGUCCGGUGAGUAACGGCGGCUCUCAGGGAGUUUUUACUCAUUAUGAUAAAGAUUUGUCUAGCGUUGAGUAUGUGAGCGAAGGUUAUUGUGAAUCGAAUGAUGUUGGUGGUGAGAAUGAUGAGAUGUUUAAUGUUGUGAAUGGUGAGAAUGAUAAGAGGUUGAGUUAUAGUAAUGUUGAAAAUGAUGAGAUGAUUGCACGGGCUUUUCAAGAAGAGUUAUCGCGGCUUGCGGUGGAGGAGAAUCAUGGAUUGGUAGGAGAAGUUCAUCAGAAAGAGUCGGUACUUGCGCAGGAUUGGCUUGCCCCUUCAAAACGACAUGAGUUUGAGAGCAGUCAAGAACAAGAUUUGGAAAAUGGAGAAAGAUCUGGUGAUGAUGAAGAUCAAUCAUGUACCCCUGAGAUGGCAGAUGAGUCUAUUCUUGAUGGUGAAGUUGGAAAGAGGAUAAAUAAAAUGGUUCCCAUUCGUCAUGUCCCUAAGGUAAAUGGAGAAAUGCCCACUGCUGAUGAAGCAACGUCGGAUCAUCAGAGGCUAAUGGACAGAUUGAAGAUUUAUGAUCUAGUUGAACUUAAAGUUUCAGGGGACGGUAACUGCCAGUUCCGCUCUUUGUCAGAUCAAAUAUACCGCUCCAAUGAGCACCACAAGCUUGUGAGAGAACAAGUUGUUCAUCAGCUCAAAUUACACCCAGAACUGUAUGCGGCUUAUGUUCCUAUGGCUUAUGAUGAGUACUUGAAGAAAAUCAGCACGGAUGGCGAAUGGGGUGAUCAUGUCACAUUGCAAGCUGCUGCUGAUGCGUUUGGAGUCAAGAUAUUCGUAUUGACUUCAUAUAAGGAUACAUGUUACAUUGAGAUUCUACCAUGCGUUCAAAAGUCAAAGAGAAUCAUCUUCUUGAGUUUUUGGGCUGAGGUGCACUACAAUUCAAUUUAUCCUGAAGGAGAGCUGCCAAUAAUGGAGUCCAAAAAGAAGAAGAAAUGGUGGAUGCUUGGCGGUUGAAUGGCAUUUGGACUCAAAACUGUGUACAUAAACUUUGAAUUAUUAAUGAGAGAAUUAGGAUGUAUAGAGUUCAUAUUCUUUUGCAGUAGUUUACCAUUCUUUCAGUUACUUUGUCUUCUCUAACCUAUUGAUCUAGCUUGUAGAUGUUAGUACUAUGGUGUGUGUGUGUGUGGAGGGUCAAAUACAAACUAGAUUUUGUCUGUAAAGUGUAAGAAACAAUCUGGGCCAUUGAUUAAACUCAUUUUAUGGUUGAGAUUGA